UGUGGUUGCUUCUGCUCUUCUGCCCCCCUCCCAAACCCCAAACUUUAAUCCUCACAGCUUUGCUCUAAUCCCAUGGGGCCUGAUGCUCUUAUCUCUGCCUACAGGGAGACUGGCCCAGGAAGCACCCCUCAGCCCCUCUUCCCUCCAGGGCUUGUGAGGGGCUGCUCCUCUCUAUAGCCCCACAUCCCUGUUCCCACCUACCCACCGCCCCAGGCUGGGCCCAAGUCUCUCUGGAAGCCGCACACCUCCCUUCCUGCCCUCUCCCCACACCGUUGCCAGCUGAUUUCAUUUGCCUGACGUCGUCGUUGUCGUUGCCCUACCCUUCUCUGUCAGUGCUCCCCCUGACCCCCCCUCCCCCCAGAGUUGGGGCCAGGCCAGGCCAGCUCCUCUGGCAGCAGAGCCGGGGCAGGUGACGGGUUGGCGUCGCAGCUGAGGGAGUGAGGAAGCGCCUGGAAACCUGGGAGAGGUCCAGUCAGAGUCCAAGAGCCGGAGCUACCCCUCAACCUGUCAGCCAUGGGGGAAAUGGAGCAGCUGAGGCAGGAAGCGGAGCAGCUCAAGAAGCAGAUUGCCGAUGCCCGGAAAGCCUGUGCUGACAUUACUCUGGCAGAGCUGGUGUCUGGCCUAGAGGUCGUGGGGAGAGUCCAGAUGCGGACAAGGCGGACGUUAAGGGGACACCUGGCCAAGAUCUAUGCCAUGCACUGGGCUACUGACUCCAAGCUGCUCGUAAGUGCCUCGCAAGACGGGAAGCUGAUUGUGUGGGACACCUAUACCACCAAUAAGGUGCAUGCCAUCCCCCUGCGCUCCUCCUGGGUUAUGACCUGUGCCUAUGCCCCGUCAGGGAACUUUGUGGCAUGUGGGGGGCUGGACAACAUGUGCUCCAUCUACAGCCUCAAAUCCCGUGAGGGCAAUGUCAAGGUCAGCCGGGAGCUGUCUGCUCACACAGGUUAUCUGUCUUGCUGCCGCUUCCUGGACGACAACAACAUUGUGACCAGCUCCGGGGACACAACUUGUGCUCUGUGGGACAUUGAGACUGGGCAGCAGAAGACUGUGUUUGUGGGACACACAGGGGACUGCAUGAGUCUGGCCGUCUCUCCUGACUUCAAACUCUUCAUUUCGGGGGCCUGUGAUGCCAGCGCCAAGCUCUGGGACGUGCGGGAGGGAACCUGUCGGCAGACAUUCACUGGCCAUGAGUCGGACAUCAACGCCAUCUGCUUCUUCCCCAACGGAGAGGCCAUCUGCACAGGCUCAGACGACGCCUCCUGCCGCCUGUUUGACCUGCGGGCAGAUCAGGAGCUGACUGCCUACUCCCACGAGAGCAUCAUCUGUGGCAUCACAUCCGUGGCCUUCUCCCUCAGCGGCCGCCUGCUCUUCGCAGGCUAUGAUGACUUCAACUGCAACAUCUGGGACUCCAUGAAGGGCGAGCGUGUGGGCGUCCUCUCUGGCCACGACAACAGGGUCAGCUGCCUGGGGGUCACAGCUGACGGGAUGGCUGUGGCCACUGGCUCCUGGGACAGCUUCCUCAAAGUCUGGAACUAAGGAGGCUGGAGGAGGGGAGGUAAAAGGCCACGAAGACACAGCUGCCCCUCCCCUGCCCAAUUUUUUUCUAAGGUUUCUUUAAGUUUUCUCUUCUAUACCGUAGCUGCCAUUCCCACCCAGCUUUGUCCCUUGAGGGCGGUGGGGAAAAAUGGGGAGUCUGCCUUUGGGAGGCAUUAUCAGGGACACGGGGGCAAAGAACUGCCCCAUCUCCUCCCAUGGUCUCCCCUCUCCACGGUCCUGCAGCUUCUCCCUUAAAAAGCAAGGACAACUGACCCCUCCCCAGCCCUUGGCAAGCCUAACAGGCUUCCAGUCUGAGGCCCCAGGCCCUAGAAUUCCUCCCCCCAGAGCGGACUACCUUUAUCCAGAUCUGGGUGGCAGAGAGCACUCAGCCCUGUGACUAUGGUUCUGGCACCACUAAGAUCCUGUCCCUUGUCUCCUUCAUGAUCUCUCCCUUUUCUACCUUCUUUAUUUCUCUCCUAAAGCACCUGCAAUAAAGUGUACAGGCCUGGGA